AACACCGGGCAAUGGUCGUUGUUUACGUCAGUGCGAUUCUGCAAAUAAUUUACAAAAAUUCUAAUAAAUACUUCGACUAAAAUGUAAAAAUACAUGUCAAUAAUAUAUUAAAAUUCUAAUUAUUGACAUAUUAUUUCAGUUUUCGUGUAGUAAAUAGCAAUUGGUUUGACGUUAGUAACAUAACCUAUAAGUGCGUAUUAAUUUUGUGUAAAAUUCACCUAAAUUAUGGCUCUGCAGUUAUCUAGGCGGGAGGUGGACGACCUAAGGUCAUCCCUAGACCGUGCGAUAUACAGAACUAUUGGAAAAUCUGAUAGUUCUUUGCUAUCGACCGUUUCUUCAUGUCUGUCUAGUGGCUACGAACGCCGUAAAAUAAUAGACAAGAUAUCUGCACACAUUGACUCUAAGAAAGCAAGCAAGCUAGCGGACAAAGUAAUCGCUCUAGCGCAAGAACUGGUCUCUAGUUCCAAGCCUCAGAAACGUAAACAUGAGUCUUCAGACCGGGAUAAGGAUGUCAAGAGGUCUAGACAUGAUGAGAAGGAGGAAAAGGAGGAUAAGAAAGAGGAGAAAAAGAAUGGAGCAGAGGGUGCCGUGCUGCCAGAAGGAGAGACGGUCGGGUCAAAGAUGGCUGUUUUAAGCGCUGAUAGGAUUAAGUUAAUGAUGGCAAACGCUCAAAAGGAAAUAGAAGAGAGAAAGAGAGCCCUCCUAGCUAUGAAGGGAGAGUCCAAGAGUGGAGUGAGUGCUGCCGCGGCCACCGCUCAGCAGCUGAAGGUCCAAGUACAGCAGAACAGCUCCCUGGCACCGCCCAGUGUUAUCAAACCGGUGCUGUAUUCCAAACCUGUGGGAGGUGGUCUAAGUCAUGAGGAGUUGGAGAAGCAAAGAAAAAUAGCCGAACUGCAAGCCAGGAUACAGAGGAAAUUAGCUGGAAAGUCCCGUAUGGUUGAGCCGUAUCGUUGUUUGCAGGCGAACAUCCGCGCCAAGCGGCGCGAGGAGUUCCGCGCGCAGUUGUCGGGCGCGAGCGCGGGCGCGGCGGCGGGCGAGGGCAGCGCGCGCUGGGUGGACGAGCGCGUGUGGGCGCGCGCGCCGGCCCGCGCCCGCCGCCCGCUGCGGUUCCACGAGCCCGGCAAGUUCACGCAGAUGGGGGACCGACUGCGGAUGAAGGCGCAACUGGAAAAGCUUCAGAACGAGAUAUCUCAGAUAGCUCGCAAGACUGGCAUCUCGUCUGCAACCAAACUGGCACUACUGGCGGCCGACACGCCAGACUCCGACAGAGUGCCAGACAUUGAGUGGUGGGACAGUGUGAUCCUGAUGACGCCAGAAGAGCGUCAGAAUCAGAACAAGCGUUCAGACGCGUCAGACGAGUCAGACGACAGAACGCACUCGCAGAGGGUGGACGCGUGCCACGUCGGUGGAGAUGAUAUAGUCGACAAUCUCAACGAGCUGGCAAUCACCAACCUUGUCGAACAUCCGCAACAACUGCGGCCGCCAACCGAGCCGUUGAAGCCGACUUAUAUGCCGGUGUUUCUGACGAAGAAGGAAAGAAAGAAGCUGCGUCGACAGAGUCGCAGGGAGGCGUGGAAGGAGGAGCAGGAGAAGGUCAGACUUGGGCUGGAAGCACCGCCCGAACCAAAACUCAGGAUAUCCAACCUGAUGAGAGCUCUGGGCACGGAGGCUGUCCAGGAUCCCACUGCCAUCGAAGCGAAGGUCCGGGAGCAGAUCGCCAAGAGGCAGAAGACUCAUUUGGAGGCGAACAAGGCGCGAGCUCUUACGAAAGAUCAGAAGAGAGAGAAGGUCGAUAGAAAAAUCAGAGAAGAUACGUCUAUGGGCGUACAUGUAGCUGUUUUUAGGGUGAAGGACCUGUUCGAGUGCGCGUCGGCCAAGUUCAAGGUGGAGGCCAACGCGGCCCAGCUGCACAUGUCGGGCUCCGUGCUGCUGCACCGCGGCUGCUGCGUCGUCGUCGUCGAGGGGGGGCCCAAGCAACACGCCAAGUAUAAAAGACUAAUGCUGCACCGUAUAAAGUGGGAGGAGGACAUGGUGAAGGACGCGGAGGGUAACGAGGUCCCCAACAGUUGUAGCCUUGUAUGGGAGGGGAUCGUCAAGCAGAGGGCCUUCGGAGAUGUCAAGUUUAAGGUGAUGCCGACAGAGAAACAAGCUCGUGAGCAUUUUCAGAAACAUCGCGUAGAACAUUAUUGGGACCUUGCCUACAGUGGCGCCGUGCUGGCGCCCACUGACGAACCUUAGCGCCCUAUGACCGAGCCUGGCGCCCUACGACCAAGCCUGGCGCCUCUUGAUGAACUCUAGCGCCCAAUGACAAACCCUGGCGCCCACCGACCAACACUAGCGCCCUAACCUGUAAAGCGUUAAUUAAUAUAAAAAUAAAUAAAUACAUUAAAAU